AUGAUCGUGAAGUGUUUAGCGGCGGGGCAAAGUAAGGACGCUGGGGAUUACUCGAAGGUGCUCGGGCUGGUGGAUGAGGUCCGAUUGUGGUUCGGGUUCGUGCACCCUUUGGAUUUCUAUUCAGCAGAUCCCUUCUUAUUUCAAGUUUCGCGUUUACCUAAAAUACCUUCACACUCGUUCAAGGAACCGAUAUCUCGAGGGGGAGAGAGAGAGAGGGUUUCGAGCGAUCGCUUGUUCGAGGCCAGGCAGGAAAUGAAGGCCGCACUGAUGAUGGUGGUCGUCCAGGUUGCUUUUGCCGGCGUCAACAUACUGUACAAGCUUGCCGCAAGCGACGGGAUGAACCUGUCAGUGGUCAUUGCCUACCGGUUCAUGUUCGCAACGGCUCUGCUGGCCCCUCUGGCUUUAUUCUUAGAAAGGAAGAGCAGGCCAAAGAUAACAUGGACAGUGCUUGUGCAAGCCUUCUUUUGUGGGUUAUUUGGGGGAUCAAUGGGGCAAAAUUUGUACCUAGCAAGCUUAUCCAUGACAUCGGCGACCUACGCCUCUGCCAUGGCCAACCUCGUCCCUGCCGUGACCUUCGUCUUGGCCGUUUUUCUUGGGUUGGAGAAGGUGAGGGUGAGGACGGUUGCAGGGAAGGCAAAGGCGGCGGGAACAUUAAUGGGGAUCGGUGGGGCGAUGCUACUCACGUUCUACAAGGGCGCGGAAGUCAACCUCUGGUCAACGCACGUGAACCUGCUGCGCCACGUGGCGGCGACCCAGCGGGGCCAGGAGGGCUCGAGCGAUCUCCUCCUGGGAUCGCUUCUGGCCGUGGCCAGCUGCUUCUGCUACGCUUCGUGGCUGAUCAUUCAGGCGAAGAUGAGCGAAGGUUUCCCGCACCAAUACACAAGCACGGCCCUGAUGACCUUCAUGGGUUCGAUCCAAGCGGCGGUUUAUGCACUGUGCCGAGAGAGGGAUUGGAGCCAGUGGAAGCUCGGAUGGAACAUCAGGCUCCUCACCGUAUCAUACUCGGGGAUAGUCGCUUCCGCGUUGUGCUAUACUCUGAUCGCUUGGUGUGUGCGGAUGAGAGGACCGGUGUUCGUGUCGAUUUUCAAUCCUUUGAUGCUGGUGACCGUGGCCUUGGCAGUCAUGGUGUUGGACGAAAAAUUGCAUAUGGGAAGCAUUCUAGGGUCAGGGCUCAUAGUACUCGGUCUCUAUGCAGUGCUAUGGGGCAAAAGGAAGGAGGAUAAGAAGACGAAUCGGUUAGUACCAUUGAGUAGCCCCGGUGAGUCUAAAUCUAUCGAGAUCGUUGUCGUCUCUCCUAAUAAGAACGAUGUUAAGGAGGGUGACGAUGUUCAAGAGCCAUCGCAGAAGGAGAGCGAAGUGAUGAAAGAAAGUCUCGAAGAGAAAAGAGGAGAAGGGGACGAUCGAGUUGAACGAGCGACUGACCUUGUAUAA